AAGAAGCAGAGACAACUUGCAAUGUUGACACUGCAUGUGGCCCAGGAACUGCCAACGAACGUACAGCGCAGUGGUGGUUCCAGAAGUUCUUCAAAGGAGACCAGAGCCUUGAAGAUGAGGAGCUCAGUGACCGGCCAUCAGAAGUUGGCAAGGACCAGUUGAGAGAAAUCACUGAAGCUGAUCCUCUUACAACCACACGAGGAGUUGCCGAAUAAGUCAACAUUGAGCAUUCUACAGUUGUUUGGCAUUUAGAGCACAUUGGAAAGAUGAAAAAGCUUGAUAAUUGGGUGCCUCGUGAGCUGAGUGAAAAUAAAAGAGGAUUAUCAUUUUGAAGUGUCAUAUUCUCUUAUUGUAUGCAACAAAAAUGAACCAUUUCUUGAUCGGAUUGUGAUGUGCUCAAAAAGUGGAUUUUAGAUGACAAUGAGAGAUGACCAGCUCAGUGGUUGGGCCGAGAAGAAUCUCUAAAGCACUUCCCAAAGCCAAACUUGCACCAGAAAAAGGGCAUGGCCACUGUUUGGUGGUCUGCUGCUGGUCUGAUCCACGACAGCUUUCUGAAUCCUAGCAAAACCCUUACAGAUGAGAAGUAUGUUCAGCAAAGCAAUGAGAUGCACAGAAAACUGCAGCGCCUGCAGCCAGCAUCGGUCAACAGAAAGGGCCCAAUUCUCCCCGACGACGCCCAACUGCACAUCACACAACCAAUGCUUCAAAAGUUGAAUGAAUUGAGCUGUGAAGUUUUGCCUCAUCCGCCACAUUCACCCGACCUCUUGCCAGCCGACUACCACUUCUUCAAGCAUCUUCACCACGUUUUGCGGGGAAAACACUUUCACAACCAGCAGAACGCAGAAAUACUUUCCAAGAGUUCACUGAAUCCUGAAGCAUGGAAUUUUAAGCUACAGGAAUAA